GUCUGCUGUGCUGCCUGCCUGCCACGCUGUGUCAAUAAGGAAAGCCGCCAAGAAAGGCAGGAGAGGGGCUGACGACAAAAGACUCACAGCGACGACCCGCUUUCUGCCCAUCACUCCCAAGAAGAAGUCUUGGCUACUUCUGACAGCUGCUGCCACUGGUCUCAUCGGUUUUGAGGAGGACCGCGCAACAAGACUCACACCAUACACAUCAUGACUUCUGCCGACGUCUUCGGAGAUCUGACGGUGCAGGUGUUGAGAGGGAUAAACCUACAGAACCUUAAGGCGUUUGGUACCUGCAACCCUUACGUGCUGUUGAAGAUGGCGUCAUCUCCCGAAACCAAGACCACUGGUGUACGGGAAAGCGACGCGAAUCCCAGCUGGCACGAGACUUUCAUAUUCCGCAACAUUGCCAGCACCGAUGCUCUCCAGAUAAGCCUGAUGGAAAAAGAAGGGUCUAGAGAAGGGGUGGUGAGCGUGAGGGGGGGGGUGCGAGCGACAGAUUGGGGGUUUCCUGGUGUUGGUGGCGGGGAAAGGGUGCUGGAGGUGACUAUGCCAUGCACCACUGACACCACGGGUGUGCCCAACAUGGGCACGGUCGUCCUGAAGCUGCAGUACCGCGCUCAGCUAAGGUUCCGCGCACCGUUUGGAGUGAUCAAGACCGCCGCAGCGAAGACCGCAAUCCUCACCGACAAGGCGAAGAUCGACGCGGUGGUGGACAAAGUGAUGAACGUUCUCUUCAAACCCGUUGCCAUGGCCGAAGGAGUUGCCAAGCGUCUCACCAAGGCCCAGAAGAUCAUUUACGGAGGAAGCGCGGCGGCGGUUUCGAGCGCUGUUGGCGGAGGGGCUUCCAUGACAUUCUUGGCGUUGGCCGUGCCGGUGUUGUUCAUGGCCCUGCUGUUUCUACCGCUCACCCUCAUGGGAGGGUUUUUCCUCGCCGUGGCUAUGCUGGUCAUCAUGCCGUGUGUGCUGGCUCUGGGAUGGGUGGUCCUGUGCUCCCGGCCGGUCCAAUGCCGCGUCUGGAUGCCGUGGUUAUUCUGGGCCAUGUGCAAGUCUCCCUUCGUCCACAAGGCCCUGUUGCAGCCCCCGCCACACUCACCCUCCGGAACGCAGCAGUAGACUGCUAUUAAUAGUGAGAGACACAAAACGCGGCUGGCAGCGGUGGUAUGCGCGUGCCAACGUUUUGCGCUCGAAAAUGGUGGGCUAUGGCAACCAGGAGGCAACAGUGGGACAAGGAAGGUGUUGGUUCAUAGCCGGCCGAGAUGUUGUGGGAUAUGUAUGCGGCGAGGGGAGCAUCGGGGGUCGGAGUGCAGGUACUGCUGUACAAAGUUUCAUUGGCAGGUGGUGUUGGUAUUGGUGUGUCGUACAAGAAAAUGUAUAUUGAUUGCACGGACGCCGGCGAUUGGAUAAUUGUUUGUGUUCAGCGCAGCAGGCAAAAGGGUGUUGUCUUGGCUUUUUUCUACGGUACAUCUGUUCGCAAUGCGAAAAACGACACGGAAGGCGUUCGUGGAUGCGCCCAAACUGGGUUAGCCACAUUCUGAGAGGAUUUUGUUCGUGAUUUUGGUGGAGCGCGUUUGUGGAGUGUGUUGGGUUUUUGGUUUGUUCAAAAGCUUGUUCACUCUCGAAGUCAUUUCUUGCGGCAAUGAAGUUGUGGUGAACUUUCUGGCCGGAUUCGGUGAAAAUCAUUCCUCUUGGGUUCUGUGCGCUUGCAUUGAAAAUCGCGGCGAUCUCUGUUCAUGCCUACUAUCAGCGCCCGUACUACUGCUUCGGGCCAACUGGUGCGGACGCCCUUCGUGUUAAAUUCAUGACAAGAGAUACGUGCACCUAUUCAAACCUUCGCAGCACGCUUGCAGUUGUUAAGCUACCCCCGUUGCGUACAAGUAGGAAGCCCGGGAGUGGGUGUGUGCGGGUGCGCGACUUGGUCGUGGUUAUUGUU